CAUCUAACAACAGAGGACCCGUUGGCACACAGAAAGGAAGUUGCUGAAAAUAAACGCUAUUUGGAACUGUUUUAACUUCUUGUGCUGGCACUUUCUGAACUGGAUUCCCACUCCCCCUGCACUUGGACUGUAGCCGAGAAGGCUCUGAAAACGGAUUUAACAACCCCUUAAAUUUACAGGAACUUCUAGUAUGGAAUGAUAAAGCUCAUGCCAGUCUGCUAAGGAAGCCAGCGUGAGGUGAGAGGACCCAGGCUGCUGUAGACAUCUCCUAUUGGAUGCUCCAUCCAAGAUGGCUGCCCUCAUCACUGAAAACUUCCGCUUCCUUUCUCUGUUCUUCAAAAGCAAAGACGUGAUGAUCUUCAAUGGCCUGGUGGCCCUGGGCACAGUGGGCAGCCAGGAGCUCUUCUCUGUGGUCGCCUUCCACUGCCCCUGUUCUCCGGCCAGGAACUACAUCUAUGGACUGGCUGCCAUCGGAGUCCCAGCCCUGGCCCUGUUCCUCAUCGGCGUCAUCUGGAACAACCACACCUGGAAUUUGGUGGCCGAGUGCCACAAGAGGGGGGCCAAGAACUUCUCGGCCGCAGCCACCUUCCUGCUCUUUGGCUCCAUCAUAGGACGGGCUGCCGUGGCCCCUGUCACCUGGUCGGUCAUCUCACUGCUCCGCGGAGAAGCCUACGUCUGUGCCCUCAGUGAAUUUGUGGAUCCUGCCUCCCUAGAUAAAUUUCCAUCCAGAUAUGGACCGGAGACCCUGGCCAGGUUCCCUUGUAAGGACAUUCCAGGGAACUUGACAAGUUUUAAGGAAGAAGUGAUAAGAAGACUAAGAUACGAGUCCCAGCUCUUUGGAUGGCUGCUCAUUGGGGUCAUCGCAGUCUUGGUUUUCCUCACCAAGUGCCUGAAGCACUGCUGCUCGCCGCUCAGCUACCGGCAAGAGGGCUACUGGUCCCAGUACCGCUCAAGCGAAGCCAAGCUCUUCGAGCGCACUGCCGAAGUCCACUCCAAGAUCCUGGCUGCCAACAAUGUCAAGCAGUUCUUCGGCUUCGUGGCUCUGAACAAGGAGGAGAAGGAGCUAGUGGAGGAGUUCCCAGUGGAAGGCGUCCAGCCAAGCCCGCAGUGGAACGCCAUCACCGGGGUCUAUAUCUACCGGGAAAAUAAGGGCUUCCCACUCUACAGCCGGCUCCAUAAGUGGGCCAAAGGGGUGGAGGGGAACGGGCCAGGGCCUGAUGGUCAGGAAAUGGUCUUCCUAGCCACAUAAGAGAACCAGCAGCCCAGGGGGAAUGACAGAACCAGUUCCCCACACCAUCUUUAUUAUAUGGAGAUAUACCUAUCUCAUAGAACCGGAAGGGACCUUGAAAGGUCAUCAAAUCCAGUCCCCUGCCUUCACAGCAGGACCAAGUACUGUCCCUGACAGAUUCC